GGUGAAUCUGAGUGAUUCUUUUACUUUUAUCACAUUACAAAUGAGAGUCUACAUUUUUCUUUGUUUGAUGUGCUGGGUAAGAUCUGAGAAUGAAAGAUCCUGCCUUGAAUUUUCUCAGCUAAAUGUAAAGGAUUCCUUCAAAGAUUUAUUUAAUCCAAGGAUAGAAAUAAUUCUGAUGAUGUUCACAAGGAACAACCUGAACUGUGCUGAGCCACUAUUCAAGCAAAAUAACUCACUUAAUAUUAAUUUCAACACACAAAAGAAGACCGUUUGGCUUAUUCAUGGAUACCGACCCAUCGGCUCCACUCCAACCUGGCUUCAGAACUUUCCGAGGAUUUUGUUAAAUGAAGAAGAUGUGAAUGUAAUUGUAGUAGAUUGGAACCGGGGUGCUACAACUUUCCUUUACAGUAGAGCAGUUAAAAACACCAAAAAAGUUGCUGAGAAUUUGAGUAGGCACAUUAAAAAUCUCUUGAAGCAUGGAGCGUCUCUUGACAGCUUUCAUUUUAUAGGUGUGAGCUUAGGGGCUCAUAUUAGUGGAUUUGUUGGAAAGAUAUUUCGUGGUCAACUUGGGAGAAUAACAGGUCUUGACCCCGCUGGGCCAAGAUUCACUGGAAAACCUUCCUAUAGCAGAUUAGAUUACACCGAUGCGAAGUUUGUGGACGUCAUCCACUCGGAUGCUGAUGGUUUAGGCAUCAAAGAGCCUUUGGGACAUAUAGAUUUUUAUCCAAAUGGAGGAAAAAAGCAACCUGGAUGUCCUAAAACAAUUUUUUCAGGACUUCAAUAUAUUAAAUGUGACCACCAGAGAGCAGUUUAUUUGUUCAUGGCAUCUUUGGAAACAAACUGCAAUUUUAUUUCGUUUCCUUGUCAUUCGUACAAAGAUUACAAGACUAGUUUAUGUGUGGCCUGUGACAGCUUUAAGGAAAAUUCUUGUCCUUGGCUAGGUUAUCAAGCUGAGCUCCUAAAAGAUGUUUUAAAAGGAAGGAUGGAAAGAGCAGCCCCGAGGACCACCGUGUUUUUGGAUACUAGUGGCACAUAUCCAUUCUGUACCUACUAUUAUGUUCUCAGUGUAAUUGUUCUGGAUGAAACUAUGAAAGAUGGCUAUAUUUCAUUUAAAUUAUUAAACCAGUUUGGAAGAACUGAAGAACCAAGGCUCUAUGAGAAGAACCAACCAUUUUAUAAACUUCAAGAAGUCAAGAUUCUUGCUCAAUUUUUAAAUGAUGUUAUAAAUAUUUCAAGAAUUGGGUUGACAUAUUACCAGAGCUCAAAGUUGCAGUGUCCCACAUGCAAAUACAGGAUCCAGAGUCUCAUGUUAAAAUCACUUACAUAUCCAGAAAGACCACCACUAUGCAGGUAUAACGUUAUACUUAAAGAAAAAGAGAAAGUAUUUCUUAAUCUAGACACAUGCACACCAAAGAAAAUAUAAAACGCCUUCUUUCAACAGAUGUAAUUGUUUGUGAAUAAAUGGACUUAUAAACGGUAAUGAGAAGGCAUUGUUCAAUCUAAGUUUCAGAUAUUUCUAUUUCUUGAAUAAAUGUUUAAGAAUAAAAACUGUAGAAGAUAAAAAUGCAUACAGUAAAGCAUU